GCUCCAUUCCAACAUUUCGCGCUCUCCCGUUCGCCUCCUCCGCUCCAUUAGGACCAUUUUGCCCCGCCGCAACCCACCACGCCUGCCCACCCCUAUACCGCUAUAGGCUCUUCUUUUUCCGCCCUCGCUAUCGCCAUUGCUUCAGUCGCUGGAACCAUAGCUCUUGGCUCCCAUCCGACGGGCCCGCCGGGAUGGAGGGAAGAGCAGAGGAGGCGAUCGAGGAGGUUGGGGAGAGCUCAACUCCGCCGAGGGGGUUCGGUAUCCGCGGCGGGGGACGGAUCGUGGCGAACGACAUCAAGAACAAAAUCUUCACAUGGUUGCUGGAGAACGGGAAUGAGGAGGCCGCCUCCAAUCCUGAUUUCAUGGACCAGCUCGAGGCCCACUUCAGACGCUUGCCCCCCAGUUAUUUAGCGGAUGUGAAUAUCGAUAGAAUGGAAGAUGUCCUGUUACAUCAGAAGCUCCUAGCGCAAGCCAAGGAUCCAGAGAAGCGCCCAGUCUUCCAUGUCCGUUUCAUGAAGUUUGAGGACAAAAAUUUGAACGUGAGGAUCACUGAGGGCACUGAGGAUGAAACAAAUGUUGCAGGUGCUCUUUCUGCAAGGCAUGAUGGUAUAUAUGUCCCAACUCAUGAAAUAACUUUUUCUACAAUUGACAAACCAAAGCUCCUUAGCCAUCUGUCUGCUUUGCUAUCCAACAUGGGAUUGAACAUCCGUGAAGCUCAUGUUUUUUCAACAACAGAUGGCUAUUCUUUGGAUGUUUUUGUUGUAGACGGGUGGCAUGAGGAGGAUACAGAUGGUUUGCACAAGGAACUUGAGGGAGCUAUUGUGAGAAAUGAGGAUCCAGAUGGUUUGUACAAGGAACUUGAGGCGGCUAUUGCGAGAAAUGAGGGGCUGUGGGCUGGCUCAUCUCAUUCUUCAGCUGCAGAGUACAUGUUUGCCACGCAACCAAAAGUUGAUGCAUGGGAAAUUGACAAAAGAUUAUUAAAGAUGGGAGAGAAGAUUGCAAGUGGAUCUUCUGGGGAUAUGUAUCAUGGAAGUUACCUCGGACAGGAUGUUGCUAUUAAAGUACUAAGAUCUGAGCAUCUAAAUGAAACUGAGGGGGCAGAAUUUACUCAAGAAGUAAUGAUUUUAAGGGAGGUCCAACAUGGAAAUGUUGUUCGAUUUAUUGGAGCAUGCAGGAAACCUCCACAGUUCUGCAUAGUAACAGAGUACAUGUCUGGAGGAAGCCUCUAUGACUUUCUGCACAAGCAUCAUAACAUCCUUGAGCUCCCAGUUCUGCUGAAGUAUGCACUGGAUGUUUGCAGAGGAAUGGAUUAUUUGCAUCAAAAAAAGAUUGUCCAUAGGGAUUUGAAGACAGCUAACCUGCUGAUGGAUAACAAUCAUGUUGUGAAAGUGGCAGACUUUGGUGUUGCUCGGUUUCAAAAUCAAGGGGGAGAUAUGACGGCAGAAACUGGAACAUACAGAUGGAUGGCUCCGGAGGUUAUAAAUCAUCAACCUUACAAUCACAAAGCAGAUAUCUUCAGUUUUGCUAUUGUGCUUUGGGAACUUGCAACGUCAAAGAUCCCAUAUGAUAACUUGACACCCCUGGAAGCCGCCCUAGGGGUGAUACAGGGAUCGCGCCCAGAGCUUCCAGAGCGCACACACCCUAGACUGCUAGACUUGAUGCAGAGAUGUUGGGAGACAGCUCCUGCUAAACGGCCCUCUUUUUCACAGGUCAUAGUUGAGCUUGAGGAAUUCUUGAAACAGGUUCAGGAAACUGCGGGAACAAGCAAACAAGAAAUAGAUGGUUUAGAAAAAUCAAAGAAAUAACUGUUCCAUAUGUAGAUUAAAGGCAGUCUUUGUGAAUGAAGUUUAAGAGCGACGAAUCUAGCUGGUACUCGCUGCAUCAACAUUGCAAUUUUUCAGACUACCACCACCGAUUUAUGUUGUGCCACGGUUCUUCUGUGGGUUUCUAUCUCAAAGAAGCAUAUGUAGAGCCAAGUUUAUAGUCUGGCUCAGCUACUGGUUCAUUGGUCACAAACCACACUCAGUACACGAUGUUGGUGGCUACUGUGAAUGUUCCAUUUCCCCUAUUAUUCUUUUUACAGGAAAUUAUGCACUGGAGAAAAAACCAGUAUUGUUAUACUUUCAGUCUGCUGUAUUUUUGAACUGGACUGUGAAUUGACUGAUUUGGCUAAUCAAAUUACUUGGUUUUUGGCUGCCUUGCCUUUUUUAGCUUUGUCAUUUGCUUGGAAAGGAUUUGUUUUUAAUGAAAUAUACAGAAACUUGCUUCACUAUAGUGAAUUAAACUAAUCAGCAUUAUUUGAGCAACAACAAAAAAAAAAGGGGA